AUGACGCAGACGGGAAAGUGCGACACAUGCAGACAGCGCAAAGUCAAGUGCGACGAAGACAAACCUCAAUGUGGUCCUUGUUCCAAGAAAGAUCGGCCAUGCUCAUAUACCUACGGAAGAGCAUCCGCCUUUGUAGUGGAGGAUCCCAAUCAGCUGACUAAACAUGGUAAAUCGAAGACUGCACCCGUUGUGUAUGCACUCGAAUCGCCUGAAGAUACCAUCAGGUCACCUAGUUCGAAUGCAAGUGAGUUGAGAGUGAGUACCCAAAGAAAAGCUGAGUCUGGCAGCGGUACAUUCCAGACUUUGGCUCCCAUAUCUGUGGCCAAGCUUCGUCCAUCGAAGAAAAUCGCAACUCAUAGGAAGAACGCUUUGGAGACUUACCUUCGACGUUUACAGUCGGAUGCCUCUCUGGCUCUGAUCAGACCUUUGUCUGCUGAGAGCACAUUGAUAGCAAGAUGGGUUGACAUACUUGGUUCAGCACCAGCGGAUAACAGACCUUUGUCAAUUUUAGGGACCUGGAUCCAGUCCAUACCAUCGCGCGUUGGGUCGAACACAAUGCUCGAUCUUGCUGUGGAGUUCCUCAUCGACAGUCACGCUGUUUAUUGGAAUGAUGGCUACUCGAAGCGGCAGAUCGCUAGUGCUACUAAAUCGAAGGCCUUGAAGAAGUUGCAACUGGCUGUAUCGCAGUGUCAGACCUACAGCACUUAUGAAAUGGUUUUGGCAACUAAACUGCACUAUGCUGCUGAGACACUAUUGGGCGUCGACACGAUGUAUCAUGCGAUCCAUGCUUUUGGAUUGGCUGAGCUGCUCAAAACUGGCGGCGUCUCAAACGUCGAUGAUGAACACUACUGGAAUUUGAUUGACAACACGUACAUUGAUGACGUCAACGAAGCAAUGCUUGCCGGACGAGCAUCAGUAUAUGACAACGACUACUAUUUGUCGAUGACAUUUCCACCAGCACUGGCUCCGAACUCUAUGCGGAUCAGUCCAGCUCAACGAGCAUCCACUUCUAUCAUGCACGUUUUUGUGCAAUGUCCGCGUCUCAACUGUCUAGUCCGAAAAGCUGUUAUGCACCCCGAAAGCAGCGAGUUUCUUGCAGCUGCAGUCACUCUCACAGAGUACAUGUGGCAAAUCGACCUAUUUGCGCAAGUUUCAGAGCUUAUACAGACUUCCGUUACAAGUAUCGACCAGCCGCCAUCUUUAGAUAUGGCCGACUUACUCUCUGAAUCCCUACACUUCGACUGCAUCCAGAACAUGAUACUCUGUACACGAUACUGGAUGCUGCAAAACGUACUUUGUGGAUUGACGGAUACACUGCAUCGCCACUUCCCUAACGAAGUGGGCGUGUCCCUACUUCCGGGUCUAGCAAGGGUGCAAGAAGUAGACAUAGAAGCUGGUGUUUGCCUCGCCGAGUCUUUGGCAUGGGCAGAGUCGGUGUCAGAGAAGCUGCCCCUUGUUCCUUUGCGACUUCACACGCCACUCCAGAUAUCAAUUGGGCCAUGGCAUCGUAUUUUUCGAUAUAAAAACUCACUUCUCGCGACAAAUUCUGCGUUCAACGCCGGGAUCGAUGAACAGACAGCCAAUAUCUUUGCGCGGGCUGGGCGAAUGAAGACAUGGCUGAUAAACGAAUGCAAUCGCAUCCACGAGCAGUGGGAUGUUAGCACUGUGGACGAGAAGUCGCUUUAA